AUGGCACCCAUCUUCCGCCUUCCAGAUGAGGAGCUCCUCGCCUCUCUGGUCCAGCGUUUCCCCGGCCGGGAUCACCAGAUUCGCUCCCUCGCAACGCUCCUCCACCCUGACGCCGCGCCCUGUCGCAACCUCGUCCUCCACGGAACCGAAGCCACGGGCAAAUCCGCCGUCACAUCACAGCUCCUAUCACACCUGGCCGAGUCACGACCCGUCAAUGGCAACGCAGACGGCAAAGCCGAAGGCGGCGGCAGCAACAAUGUCGUCAACAACAGCGACGGCGGGGCCAGCCUGCGAUACGCCAUCGUCAACGCCGCGCAGUGCAUCACCGGCCGGCAUCUCUUCGAGCGCAUCGUCGGGGCCGUGGCCGACGCGCUGCGGCGGGACGCGCGGGACGACGACGAGCGCCGCAGAUGGGACCAGCAGCGCAGGCGCUGCGAGACGCUAUCGCAGCUAACCGUGGCGCUGGGGGCGAUGCUCAGAGACCCGACGCGGGAUCCGCGCUGGAGGUUCGUACUGGUGCUGGAUGCCAUCGACCGACAGAGGGACGCGCCGCCGACGCUGCUCCCUGCGCUGGCUCGCCUGUCGGAGAUUAUACCCUGCCUGACAUGCGUCUUCAUCGUCACCGCACCACCCGCCGGUUUCCUCCGCACGCCCUCGUCGCCGCAUCUGCACUUCCCGCCGUACACCAAGCCCGAGUUCGUGCGCAUCCUGGCGCUCGCCCCGCCGCCGCCCAUCCCCGGCACGACGCAGCGCGAGACGGCCGACCUGUGGACGCGCUUCUGCGCCGCCGUCCACGACGCCUUUGUGCGCUCCGCCGCCCGCACCCUGCCCGCCUUUCGCCACGGCUGCCGCGCCCUGUGGCCGCGCUUCACUGCCCCCGUCGUCGCCGGCACGUAUACGGUGAAAGAGUUCUCGAAGCUGCUCGUCGCCGCGAGGGUUCACUUCCAGGACGAGUCACUCCUGAACCCGAGCAUUGUCUCGGUGCGGCCUGCCGCGAGCCGGAAGAGCGCCGCCCCGGCGGAUGCCCCUGACCAUACGUCCACUGUUGCCGUCAACGGCGUAUCCAAAUCUACAACAACGGCGAUGACGACGACACCUCAUACACCGGCCGCCGCACCGGCCGCCGCCGCGCAGCUUACAGCCCUCCUCCCCAUCGCCGCCCGCAUCCUCCUCCUCUGCGCAUACCUAGCCUCCCACAACGCCGCCCGCCACGACCUAACCGUCUUCUCGACGUACCACUACGGACGCAAGCGUCGACGCGGCGGGGGCUUCGCCUUGGCCUCCACAGGCGGCGGCGGCGGGUCGUCGACGCCCCGCCGCGCCAAGCACCGCAAGAUCGCGCGUAAGCUUCUCGGCGCGCACGCCUUUGUCCUCGAGCGCAUGCUGGCCAUCUUCGAGGCCGUGAGGGGCGAGUGGAUUCCCGAGGGCGGCAGCUCCGUGGGCUCCGUCGUCGACGGCGACGUGGGCAUGGCUAUCGCCACGCUGGCCAGCCUGCGGCUGCUGGUGAGGGUCGGCGCGGGCGACACCAUGGACCGGGCGGGCAAGUGGAGGAUCAACGUCGGGUGGGACGCCAUCAGGGGUAUAGGGAGGAGCAUCGGCGUCGAGGUAGAAGAGUGGCUCAUGGAGUAA